CACAAAUGCUCUCUUUGCAAGUGUGUGCUGAAUUCCAUGAAGACAUGGAAAGACCAUCUUUCAGGUGUCCGCCACAAAUUACGUGAAUCAGAACGGAGUUCUCGCUCAUUUCCACCCCUAAAAGACCCUGCAACUCUGACUGGGAUCAGUACAUGUCCACAUCAGCGGACCACCUCUAUCCUCCCAAGCCCAACACAAGAGUGGUAGUUGCCAAGUUUUCUAUGGGUGCUGUGUCUGUAGGGGAGCUUUUAGAGCUUGGCAAACCAUUCGGCACAAUUGUGAAACAUCUGGUGUUCCCAGCAAAGGGAUUUUUGGAGUUUAGUUCUCACAAGGAGGCCCAGAAUAUGGUCAAUCAUUUCCAGUUGAAACCGGCCUUCAUAAAGGAGAACCCAACUAUCCUCUACUUAUCACCAACAGUGGAAGGCAUUUAUACACCACCCAAGUUUGAUGUGCCUUCACCAAAACGAACAAAACGUUCAAAUGCGCCUUCAGUGGUUUGUUUUUCACGCUUGCCUCCGGGGGAGGGCGUGGAGGCUGAAGUACUGGAGCUUGCAGGCAUGUUUGGUGAGGUGUGGCAGUCAAAGUUCAUGGACUGUAAGGCCUUGAUUGAGAUGGUUGACUGGCGCGAUGCUGACAUCAUGGUGAAGUAUUACCACAGUAACCCACUGAGGAUUCAGGGCAAAAGUGUUAAAGUGUCUAUGUCACACAUCACAACCCUGAGAGAAAACAGUCCAGAGUCUUUGACCAGAAAAUCUGACUCAAGCAAGCACAGUAGACAAAGAGAAGAGUCUACAUCUAGCAACAAGGACAAAAGUGACGGCUCAAACCAGGAAGCCACAGAGAAAGAAGACUUGAUGGAAAGUAAAGACAAGGUUCUCGACGAUGUGGAGGGAAUUCAGCUGGAGGAUGAACCUGGGCUGCUUGAUGAGGGGUCAGGAGGCAUUGUGGGUAAAACUGAAGAGAAAGAAAAAAAGGAAGAGGAGGAAAAGAUGGAAGAGGAGAAACCUACCACUGGUGAGGAGGAGAACAGAGAGAGAUGUUCAGAGCAGAAUCAGGAGGAAGAGGGUGAUUUGGAUGAUUCAGAAUUUCCAGAGAACAUAGAAGAUUUUGUUACAUUAGAUGAGCUGGACAACAAUGCUGGAGAUUCCUCUGUGCCGAAGGAUAGUAAAGUAGUGGUGGUGUGGCCUGUAAAGAAGACCCCUGACUUGAUGAAGGAUCUUUACAAUCUGUAUGCACCCUUUGGUAUCAUGGUGAAGCAUUCUUUAUCUUCGUUCAAGCAAGAGGCUAUGAUCGAACUGGAAACAGCUGAAAAGGCCCAGGAAAUGGUGCAGUUCUACAGCAAUCACAAGGCAACGAUAUGUGGCAGGCCGGUGUCUGUUUCCAUGUGCCUUACCAUGAAAGCAAUAGAGAGCCCUAGUGGAAGGUCUGUUUUCAUCAGCUGUCUUCCCAACCAGAGGUACCAACGCCAGAAAUACACAGACAAAUCCCUCUUUAAACUAACUAAACCUUUUGGAAAACUGACGGGCUACUCUUUGCACAGGUAUCAAGGAACGUGUUACAUGCAGCUGGAAAGUACAAAGGCAGCUGAAAAGAUGGUUGCGCAGUACAAUCGGAGGCCUUGCAAAUUCUGGGGGUCGGUGCUGAAGAUAGCUAUGUGCAGGAAAGGGGAUUCUCUGAUUCGCUGGAGAUACCCCGAGAAUGCAGAGGAAAGAGAGUUAAAAACAAAGGAAAUGAAACCAAGCACUGAAAGAACAGAAAAUGACCAGCCUAUCAAGACUGGAGCAAAGGAGAACCAGCGCGGUUCUUUACCGGAUUGUGAAGGUGUUGGUGGGGAUCCAGUCUGUGAAAGUAAAGGUUCAGAAGAGGAUAGUCAGCUGGACAAAACCCCUCUGAACCCCUAUCAACCAGACCAAACUGUGGGUGUGAACUACGUCAUCCCAGUCACUGGUUACUUUUGCAAGCUGUGUAACAUAUUCUACACAGACGAGAAGAAAGCAAGAUCAGAGCACUGCCGCAGCCUUGAACACUACAACAACCUCAAGCUUAAACGCGCUGAAGUGGUGGAAGAGGCAGAUGGACACCCAGAUGGCUGAGUGAAAGAACACAAAGACGACAGCGACAUUGUACUUUUGAUCCAUUGUUUUUUAUUUGUUUUCAUUCCAGCUAGUUUCUAUAUUCUUUCCGUUCAAAUGUUUUGUUUUUCAACGUGUCACAAGAGUGAGUGAGUGUGUGUGAGAGAGGCAAAAUUGUGAAGCCAUUGUGAUGGUUUGGAUGUUGAACAGUAAGCAGAACGAACACGUAUAUCAGCUGAUGGAGAACGUUACACUGAGCUCUUGAAAUAAACUCGCGUUUGUUUGUUUACUGUCACUUGUA